GGCAGCGGGAGCGACAGGAUCGGCACCGGGAUCGGCACCGGGAGAGGCACCGGGAACGACGCCGGGAUCGGCCCCACGAUGGGCGGGUGGCGGGACAUGUCCGCGGAGGCGCUGGAGGACCAUUACUCCCCCAGUCGCUGGUCCCCCCGCCUGGACCGGGACACCAUCAUCGACGCCCACCUCGCGGUGACGGCGGCAGGAACCGAACGGGCCCGGGCCAGCGCGCAGACCUUGCUGCACGUGCCCUAUGGCACCGGGGACGGGGAGAAGCUGGACAUCUAUUUUCCCACGGACCCUUCUGAAACCUUCCCGGUUCUGGUCUACAUCCACGGCGGAUACUGGCAGUGCUUGAGUAAGGACGAUUCGGGGUUUGCAGCCCCCCCGCUGGUGUCGCAGGGGGUGGCAGUGGUGGCGGUGGGGUACGACAUAGCCCCUAAAGGCCACAUGGACACCAUGGUGCUGCAGGUGCGCCGCAGCCUCGCCUUCCUGGCGGAGCGGUACCCCAGGAGCAGAGGCAUUUACCUGUGCGGACACUCGGCAGGGGCCCACCUGGCAGCCAUGGUGCUGUCCACAGACUGGACGGAAUUCCAAGCGGUGCCAGAUAUCAAAGGAGCGGUGCUGGUGAGCGGCCUGUAUGACCUGGAGCCCAUCCUGCACACCUACGUGAACGAUGCUCUGAACAUGAGCCGGGAGGUGGCCCAGAGGAACAGCCCCAUGAGACUUGUCACCCCGGCAGCGCCAGCAGCCUGUGAGGUGCUCGUGGCUGUGGCCCAGCAUGACUCCCCGGAGUUUCGCAGGCAGUCACAGGAGUACAGCCAGGCCCUGCGUGCAGCUGGCUGGUCUGUCUCUCUGCUGGAUCUGGCUGCUGUGGAUCACUUUGACAUCAUUGAGAGACUGUCAGAGGACAGCUAUGUCCUCACUCAGGUAGGCAGGAGGGCUGUGCCAAGGCGGAUCAGGUGGGCUGCCACCUCCCUGCGGGGAGGGUCAGGGGCUUUUCCCAGGCUUUGGUUCCUCAUCCCAGGUGAUUCUGAACAUGAUUUCAAGAGCAUGAUGGCACCUCAGGAGUAAACAGAUGGAGAGGGUGGCCCUGUGUGGUGGCGAGGGGCAUCUGGUGUCCCUGUGCCUGCUGCCUCCUCGGUCUAACACAGCCUAGGCUGGUGCCCCUUCCCUGCGGUGCUCCUGCCCGCUGGAGCGCAGGGGACUGAGGGCUGCAAGGCUCUGUCUGGACAGCUGAAUCAUGAAGUUUGUUCCCUCAGUGACCUUUAAACUGCACAUUGGCAAUACAGAAUAAAAUGGGAAUUACUGCUGCCUGGGGUGACGCUUCCCAGGGAGUCAGUGAGUGCA